AUGACAAACUAUGAGUUCAAUAGACGGGGAAGAAUUUGGGUUGUCUGGAGAAAUAACCUCAGGGUGUCUCCGGUGUUUAAAAGUGGUCAGCUGAUCACUUGGUCAAUCUUGUUAGAUGGUGCAGUGGAGGAGUUUUUUGUUUCCUUUGUUUAUGCCUCUAAUUUCGAGGAGGAGCGGAAGGAGUUAUGGGAAGAUUUAAUAUCACAUCAUGAUUCGCCAUUGUUACGUCACAAGCCUUGGCUCAUCAUGGGAGAUUUUAAUGAAAUUUGGGAUGGUGAGGAACACUCAAAUUUUGAGAGUUCACCUCUUCGUCUAGUGGGGAUGCGAGACUUUCAAGAUACAGUUGCUCACUGUUCCUUGAUCGACAUGAGUUAUCAUGGACCUUUGUUCACUUGGAGUAAUAGACGUGAGGAGGACCCCAUUUGUAAGAAGCUGGAUAGGACUUUAGUGAAUGAGUUGGCCACUCAUAUUGUACCAUCCUAUGUAGCCGUGGAGGAGGAAGUAGCAGCUUUUGAGCGUUGGAACCAGGUUUCUGAUAUUGAGGAGAGACUCUUGAAGCAGAGAUCCAAACUUCACUGGCUGCAAGUCGGUGAUAAGAAUAAUAAAUAUUUUCACCAUUCCAUUGAAGCUAGGCUUGCGGUGAAUGCUAUGAGGGAGAUCAAAUGUCAGGAUGGUUCUACUGCCACCACUCAGGAGGAAAUUAAAGCCGAAGCUGUUCGAUUUUUCAGUGAUUUCUUAUCUCAUAAGCCAGCAAACUUUGUCGGUCCAACGACUGAACAAACUGAGCAAUUUGUUGACUAUCGCUGCUCUGUUUCGGAGCAAGCUCUAUUGGUCCACCCUGUUUCAGCAGAUGAGAUACGUGAUGUGGUGUUUAAGAUGCCGAAUAACAAAGCGCCAGGACCCGAUGGAUUCUCAGCUGAGUUCUUCAAACAAACUUGGCCUAUUACUGGCAAGGAUUUCACGAUGGCUGUUCAGUCCUUCUUCUUGAAGGGCUUCCUGCCUAAAGGCGUGAACACCACCAUACUUGCUCUAAUUCCAAAAAAGACUGAUUCCUUGGUGAUGAAAGAUUACCGUCCCAUUUCAUGCUGCAAUGUAAUGUAUAAGGUAAUAUCGAAACUUUUGGCUAACCGACUAAAGAGAAUUCUGCCCUCCUCUAUAGCCCCACAUCAAUCAGCUUUCAUUAAGGACAAACUAAUGUUGGAGAAUGUGUUGUUAGCCACUGAGCUAGUUAAAGAUUACCAUAAGGAAUCUAUCAGUAGUCGUUGUGCAGUGAAAAUUGAUAUCUUAAAAGCUUUUGACUCAGUACAGUGGCCGUUUCUUCUUCAUAUCCUUAAAGCUAUGGAUUUACCGGCUAAGUUUCUACACUGGAUUGAACUCUGCAUAGGAACGACUUCUUUCUCUGUUCAAGUGAAUGGGGAGCUAGGGGGUUUCUUUCGCUGUACGAGAGGUCUCCGGCAAGGCUGCUCGCUGUCGCCAUAUCUCUUUGUCAUUUGCAUGAACUUUCUCACUCGUAUGCUUGAUAAAGCGGCAGUGGAUCGUCAAUUUGGCUACCACCCUCAAUGUCGCAAGAUGCAACUCACACACUUGUGUUUUGCAGAUGACAUUUUGGUCUUCUCAGACGGGACAACACAGUCUAUAGGGAGUAUCCUGAAGAUAUUUGCUGACUUUGCUGUUUGCUCCGGGUUAACUAUCAGUUUGGAAAAGUCAACCAUCUUUAUGGCAGGCAUCUCCCCGCAGAACUGCAGUUGCAUCACUGAGAUUGAAAGUCUUUUCUCGGCUUUCCUUUGGUCUGGUCCAGAUCUUAAUCCUAGAAAAGCGAAGGUAGCUUGGUCUGAAUUUUGUAAGCCACGAAAAGAAGGAGGCCUCGGUGUUCGGUUGCUCUCUGAAUCAAACACUGUUAGCCUUUUAAAACUUAUUUGGAGGUUGCUAUCGGCAAAGGACUCUCUAUGGGUUACUUGGUCUCACAUUGCUCUCCUUUCGGGCAAGACCUUGUGGUCAGUUAAGGGUACGACUUGCUCAGGUUCAUGGAUAUGGCAAAAACUCCUGAAAUACAGAGAUAAAGCCGUGUUUUUUCACAAAAAGGAAGUGCGAUCAGGCACGGAACCUUCAUUAUGGUAUGAUGUUUGGUCCCCUCUCGGGAGGCUCAUUGAUCUACUAGGUCCUCGUGGUACAAUUGGUAUGGGGAUACCUCUGAAUGGCACUGUUGCCACAGCCCUUGCCAACCAUAGUCGACGACGACAUCGGACUCCUACACUCCUUCAGGUAGAGGAUACGAUGGACUCUCUUCGUUUAACUACGGGUAAUGAUGUUUCCCUUUGGCAAACAAAGUCGGGUGUGUUUAAGUCACACUUUUCUUCGCGUGAUACUUGGCAUUUGGUCCGGCAGACACACCCGAUCUGUACGUGGUACAAAGUGGUAUGGUUCCAAUACGCUACCCCCAAAUACUCUUUCCUCACCUGGCUUGCAAUUCAUAACCGUUUAGCAACAUGA